AGGCUUUGGUGGUGGACUUUCUCGCGCUUUCUUUCCUCUCCUAAUUUUACUUGGUGAUGGGUUGAAAAAAGCAUGCUCAGUCAGAAGCAGGGAACGAGAAGCGGGGCCGAAGUCAUGGUUGACUUCGGUCCCGAUGAUUACGGUGGGGAGAACAUCGAGAUUGAUUGGGUCAACAAGCAAUGGGUAAAGAGAGUGCUGCGACUUUUUGCGCUCAUCAGUCUGGUAUCUGUGUGCCUCAACACUCCGGUGACGUUUGUCAAGUAUCCAUCCCUGGAGUAUGCUACAUUCUGCACCGAUCUUCUCGUUACGUUUAUUUUCACCGCUGAGAUGAUGGCUAAAGUUCACGUUCGAGGAUUGUGGAAGGGGGAAAAUGCCUACUUGAGAGACCGUUGGUGCCAGUUCGAUGGCAUCAUGGCCCUCUUCCUCUGGGUCUCCGUUUUGCUUCAAAUGCUGGAAAUAACCGGUCUUUUGGAAGGAUACCAGUACCUACGCAUCCUUCGUGCUCCGCGUCCGCUCAUCAUGAUCCGCUUCAUCCGAGUUUUCCUCAAGUUCUCGAUGCCGAAAGCCAGGAUUAACAUGAUAUUCAAGCGCUCCAGCCAGCAGAUUUACAACGUCACGUUAUUUUUCACGUUUUUCAUGAGCCUUUACGGUUUGUUGGGAGUGCAAUUUUUCGGAGAGCUUAGAAGCCACUGUGUGAGGAUGAAUACGACAGCGACGAAUGUUACGGUGGCUGAUCUCGCCAUUCCGGACACUUAUUGUUCUCAUGAUAAUGGUAGCGGUUACCAGUGUCCGAGUGGCACGGAAUGCUUGCGACUGGAGUUGUCUCGCUACAUGAUCGGGUUCAAUGGAUUUGAUGAAUUUUGCAACUUGUUCACGGUGUAUCAAGCGGCAUCGCAAGAGGCUUGGACACAGCUGUUGUAUAGAACUCUGGACAGUUUGCCGACUUGGAGGGCGAUGAUUUACUUCGUUACCUUGAUCUUCUUUUUGGCGUGGCUCGUGAAGAACGUUUUCAUCGCUGUGAUCACGGAAACGUUCAAUGAAAUCCGAGUUCAGUUCAAGGAAAUGUGGGGAGUGCGAGACCAUCUGGUUACCCAAGGAACAACCCAGGUUUUGGGCGGUGAAGGCUGUGCGUGGAAAAUGGUGGCGGUGGACGAUAGUUGCACUCGCGGGCACGCUCCGAAAAUUUUUGUACGAAUCCUUCAUUCUGCUGGGUUCCACGUUCUCGUGAUGUUGGCUCUUAUGGCGAACGCCAUGAUUGCUGCUUCGAUCCACUUCAAGCACGACGGAAGACCCCGGGAAGAUUUUUACUACAAGUUUUACUAUAUCGAGAUGGGUUUCACUGGGUUCUUCUUGCUCGAGGCUCUCUUCAAGAUGUGGUGCUUGGGAGUAGUGAGCUACAUGCGUCGGUCUGUGCACAAAUUUGAGCUGCUGCUGGUUAUUGGGACGAUUGUUCACCUAGUACCAGCAUUGUACAUGUCUGCCAUCACAUUUUUCCAGGCGUUCAUGUCCAUGUUCCAGAUAUUGACACAAGAAGGUUGGAUUGACGUAAUGAAUGAAACCAUGCUGAAGACAUCUCCCACGAUUGCACCGGUUGUUGCGAUUUAUUUCAUUUGUUACCAUCUUUUCGUAACGCUGAUCGUGUUAUCAUUGUUCGUUGCCGUUAUCUUGGAUAACUUGGAGCUGGACGAGGACAUCAAAAAGUUGAAGCAAAUGAAAGCUCGUGAGCAGAGUGUGAAUAUCAACGAAAAGCUUCCUCUUCGGAUUCGCAUCUUCCAGAAAUUUCCCGACAGCCCGCAGAUGAUCAAACUGCACAAACUUUCGUCGGAUUUUCCUAUGCCGAAGGUUCGAGACAGCUUCUUGCGCCAGUUCGUCGAUGAAUAUUGCGAUAACAUGUCCGGAAGCCUGGCCGACCUAGGAUCAAUUAUUGAAGAAGAAGCUGGACUUCAGCCAGAAAUUUAUCACAAAACUGUUCCGGUGAAGUUGCUGAAGCUGCACGAUAAAUCCCACUCGGAGAAUGCAGAUCAGAAGAAACUCAGAAUACAGGACUUGCUCGAGGAUUCGAGUGAGCAACGACUGCUUUUGGGCGAUUCGGGUCAAAUUCCUGUUCAAGGAAUCGCGAGGAGCACUCAGUCAAUUUACCGCCGCAUUUCCAAAAGGGUGCAUCGACAAAGCAUUCGUGGCUCCGUGCGACUCAAGCCGGCGUUGGAGCAUCUGAAGGAGAACGGGUUUCUCGGCGGACGCAUAACGGACGGUUCAGGCGGCGGUGGUCUGUACAGCAGACAUGGCGCCUGGGCCAGUGGGCCCAACACCGCCACGCCCAACAUGCACCGCAGGACGGCUGCAGGAACAACUGAGGCAACACCGACUGCAGCUGCGGAUUUUGACAUUAAAAUGCUGCAGGCCAAGCGGCAACAGGCGGAAAUGCGACGGAGUCAGCGUGAAGAAGACCUUCGAGAAAACCAUCCCUUGUUUGACACGCCUUUGUUUGCCGUUGGAAGGGAAUCGAAGUUUAGACGCAUGUGUCAGCGGAUUGUCUAUGCGAGAUUCACUGUGUUUCAAAAAGACCCUGUGACUGGAAAGGAGCUGAAGAUCAAGUACAAACGGCUCUACAACCUUUUGGGAUUAAUGACAUACCUGGACUGGGCUAUUUUUCUCAUCACAAUCCUUUCAUGCGUUUCUAUGGUCUGCGAGCGCCCGGAUUACCGCAUCGUGGAAAACCCGUCGCUGCAGGUGGCAGAAUAUGCGUACGUUGUGUUCACGAGUGUCGAACUGGUCCUGAAGAUCCUUGCGGAUGGAUUGUUCUUCACCCCAAAAGCUCUCAUCAGGGACUUUGGCGGUAUCCUGGACAUUUUCAUUUACGUCGUGAGCCUCACGUUCAUCAUCUGGCAGCCGAGACAAGUGCCAUCCGCGAGCGGAGCUCAAUUACUCAUGAUGUUACGGUGUUUACGCCCAUUGCGAAUUUUCUCACUGGUCCCGCACAUGCGGAAAGUUGUGGCCGAACUGUGUCGCGGGUUCAAAGAAAUCGUGCUCGUAUCCGUGCUUUUAAUUGUGUUGAUAUUCAUAUUUGCGAGCUACGGAGUGCAAUUAUUUGGCGGGCGAUUAGCCAGGUGCAACGAUCCGAAUAUCCUGGCGCGGGAAAGCUGCAAAGGUAUCUUCUUCAGGGAGGUUUAUGUGACGAAGAUGAAGCUGCCUUCGGAUCACGGGGAUGUGGAGCCGAAUGUGAAUCCUGGGUUCUUCGUUCCUCGUGUUUGGGCCAAUCCGUAUCGUUUCAACUUUGACAACAUUGGGAACGCCAUGCUCGCAUUGUUCGAAGUUUUGUCCUUCAAGGGUUGGCUUGAUAUUCGAGACAUCAUUCUUCGUCAGCUCGGUCCCCUCCAUGCGAUUUACAUCCACAUCUACGUGUUCUUGGGCUGCAUGAUCGGAGUCACGCUGUUCGUCGGUGUCGUCAUUGCGAAUUACUCUCAGAACAAAGGAACCGCUCUCCUCACAGUUGAUCAGAGACGUUGGUGUGAUUUGAAAAAGCGGUUGAAGAUCGCUCAGCCCUUGCAUUUACCGCCUCGUCCGGAAGGCAGGACGAAAGGCCGCAAAUUCCGCACGUUUGUUUACGACAUCACGCAGCACAUUUACUUUAAGCGGUUCAUCGCCUUCCUGGUCAUCAUGAACAGUUCUUUGCUGUUCUUUUCCUGGAGAGAAGAGGAGGAACACACCGUCCCACUUGCAUGGAUGUCUUUCGGGCUCAACUUGAUGUUCGUCGUAGAAGUUGUGAUGAAGUGCAUCGCUUUCACCCCGCGAGGAUAUUGGCAAAGUCGGCGAAACCGGUAUGACCUCUUCGUGACUGCAAUGGGAGUCGUCUGGAUGGUCAUGCACUUCAUGUUUGGGACUGACAUAUCCCACUCCUUUGGUUUCGUUGUGAUCAUCCUCCGAUUUUUCACCAUAACUGGAAAGCAUGCGACUUUACGUAUGCUUAUGCUGACUGUGGUGGUUUCAGUAUACAAGAGCUUUUUCAUCAUCAUGGGUCUGUUCUUGCUGAUCUUGACCUACGGUCUUAUCGGGAACAUCCUCUUCGGUAACAUCCGAUACAUGGAGGGAAUUCACAGGUUGGCAAAUUUUCAGACCGCUCCCAACGGAAUCACUAUGUUAUUCCGCAUCGUUACUGGAGAGGACUGGAAUAAGAUUAUGCACAAUUGCAUGGUUCAGCCACCGUUUUGCACUCACGGACAGAACUAUUGGGAAACUGACUGCGGGCAUUUCACGGGAGCCCUCAUAUAUUUUUGCUCUUUUUACGUUAUCAUCACUUACAUCGUCCUGAAUCUCCUCGUGGCUAUCAUCAUGGAGAACUUCUCUUUAUUUUACUCGAGCGAAGAGGACGCAUUGUUGUCCUAUGCGGAUAUCCGUAAUUUCCAGAACACUUGGAAUGUGGUCGACACGAAUCAGCGGGGCAUGAUACCUAUCAGAAGGGUGAAAUUCAUAUUGAGGUUACUCAAAGGAAGGCUGGAGGUAGAUCUCGACCGAGAUCGAAUGUUAUUCAAGCACAUGUGCUACGAGCUCGAGAGACUGCGGAAUGGGGAUGACGUCACUUUUCAUGAUGUGUUGAAUAUGCUGUCCUACCGUUCGGUCGACAUUAGAAAAUCGUUGCAAAUGGAAGAAUUGUUGGCCAGAGAGGAACUCGAAUACAUCAUCGAAGAAGAAGUUGCGAAACAGACCAUCCGCAACUGGCUUCAGAAUUGUUUAAAGCGCAUACGCACAAAGGAACAAAGCAGUAAUUUGCUUGCUGGCUUGCGAGCAACGAAUGAGCCGAUCUUGCAAAGUCUGCAAGAAGACAGACUUCGGGCAGAAAAGCGAGAAAUGGAGAAAAUCGAGCCCGAAAAGCCCGAACUUGACAGCAGAAGCAAAAGGAAAAUAACGAUCGGUCGUUCAGACAGCAUUGCGAGUUCUGGGGGCGCCCCUACUGGCUCAGCAGUGCGUCUGCGCUACUUGGCCGCCUCCAUGAUGUCGGAGGGCUCUUCGGCGAGCAAGAGCGACCGCAGCAGUCGGUUCAUGUCGGCCGGAAGGAGGAAAAGUCUUCGGCCGACGGAAGGUUUCGACUGUUUCUCUGGAGAUUUUGCGUGGAGGAAAAAUUCCCUGUCGAGGGUGACCAAGGUGAUGCAGGAAGAAGCGAAAGACUGGUCCCACCGAUACAAGUUACUCCUACGCCUCUUGGUUGGCAGGAAGCACAGACUCAGUCUACUACUCAAAUACCGCCUACAAAUCGCAUCCUUUACCUUAGACCGCAAACGGCUUAAUAUCAAAGACGAGUUGCUUUGCUAA